AUGCGGGGAGAAGUAGUUUGCUGUGUUGUAAAGGACGUGCUUCACGGAAGCCGUGACGAUGCGUAUCAACGCGACAACGGCUGCACACGUCCGUUCCACCUCGCACAGCUACUGGCCAGUGUAGUCGGUAUUGCGGUAUUUUGCGGUUUCUGGUAUGGCAUUCGUCCCUCUUUCGUGUUCCCGUACUAUUAUUAUAUCAAUACUGCCGUGUGUGUAUUAUGCGUCGUGGUAUUGGGGCUCUUCGCAGGAGUCACACUGUCUGAUCCAGUCGACCCAAGGGCAAGAAAGAGAGGAGGCGCUGAAAACGUGAAGAAGUGCGAUUCUGACACAUGUUGCGACAUUUGCGGCGUUGUGGAUCUCAGCGCUAAGCAUUGCAAUAUAUGCAACAAAUGCGUGUUGCGGUUUGAUCAUCAUUGCAUAUGGGUAAACAACUGUGUUGGAUCGCCUAACUACCUUCCGUUUUUCGCACUGGUGGCUUGCUGCACGCUACUUUUUACUCUCCUUGUGGCCCUUGGUGUGGCGGUUUUUAUAAUGGAUGCUCUAUCUCUUGCUCCUAGGGAUGCAUGGCAAGCAACCUACGGCUCCUUCAACUCAACCGCAUUCUACACAUCAACAUGCAUAGUUACGUCAUUCUGUGCGGUUAUGGCUGUGCUUUUCUGGCAACUUUUUCUUCUCCAUUGUUACCUCAUGUACAAAAAUAUCACAACGUAUGAAUAUUUCACUAUGCAAUUCUCCGAGAACGUGGACGACAGCAUUCCAGCAUGGCGCCGAUGCAUCGAAAAGGUAGUUGUGGAUAGAAAGUAG